UUUGUUUCUUCUUAAUAUUGAUAUAGGAUAUGGAGGGUAAACCUCAAAAUGGUCUUCAACAGUUUCCUCUACCCCGUGGAAAAGAUUAUCACAUAUUUUUGUCUUACAGCAAUGAGGACAAAGAAUUGGCUUAUAAUUUAAAAGAUAUUCUGCAGACGAAGUACGGACUACGAUGUCAAACCUUUGAGGACUUUGAACCAGGUUCGUCCAUUAUUUCCAAAAUAGCAGAAGGUAUUAAAGUGAGUCAGAAGAUAGUGUAUCUUAUUAGUAACGCAUUCAAUAUGAGCCAAUUAUGUAUCACUGAAAUCGACUAUGGAAUAAUGGCGGCCCAUGAGAGUCCCGAAAAAAAUAUUUUGAUUCCUGUUCUUGUUGAUCCACCAAUUCCCCAAAAACAUAGAGUCUACAAUUAUAUUAACGCACGGAGAAGAAAUCAAGAAUCGAUUGCAGAGGAUAUAUUUGAGGCUUUUAAAUUUGGAUCGCCAAAUACUUGUAUACCACCGACCGUUGUUCUACCCACAGAAGAUUUUUACAAUGGCUCAUUGGUUAAGAUAAUACCCGGUAAAACAAAAAACUGCUUGUUGCCAAAGUUGAGGUUUAGUGACGAUGAUGGCAAAUUUCGCAUUGAAAUUAAAGACCAAAAUCGUUUGAUGGAGAAAGCUAAGCAUGCUCAUCGAAUUCUGGACAAAGUUUUGAAAGAGACGUAUAAGACAACAAAAUGUCUGCCUUUACUUAAAGUUCCGGAUCUGUUACAGGAAUUUAUUUGUCACAUUUUACGUGAAAAGAAACCAAUGUGGAAUGAUGAAGAAAUCCAGAAGGAAGCAGACCAAAUUAUUUUAUCAACCAUAUUUCAAAAGAGGGAGAUACUGAGUAAAUGGAUCCCUAUUCCUACAUCGAGUUACAGACAUAAUACUUACAUGCAAAGACAAUGCCUGUGCCAGAUGAUUGAACCAGAACUGAUAAGAUAAAAAUUCAACAUUCCUGUCAAAUUUGUUGUACAUAUUAUGUUUCUCAGACCUUCAGAACAUUUUUAUCUUGUUUGAUCCAAGGAGACUCUUGUUUAUACUUUUCUCAAUAGUAAAUUCCAAAGGCUCCUUGAUGUUUGCCAUUGUAUGUUUAAAUUGUAACAACAAUGUCGAAAGAUUAAAAAUAAGAAAAAAAAACUAAAUAAUGGGAAUAUAAACUGUAUCUAAACAUUUUUAAAUGGAUACUGCAUAUGAAAAAAAGUUUCGCAUGGAAUAUUUACAAAAUACAAUCAGUUACA